AGAACUUAGUCGAUAUCGUCGAACAAUAAAUUUUCCUGGAAGAAGAAAUUCCCGUUCGUUUAGCAGAAAGUGGAGUGUUGUAAUAGAAGAAGCAGUGGUGAAGAUAUAGACAAAAAAUCAAUAAAGCCCGAAAUUGUUUUCGGACAAAUUCAGCUCAACUGAAGCGAAAAACUCACAUACAUUUUUUUCCCUGCUGUUUGCUUGUCGGCUGUUUUGGGAAGCAUGAUAGCCCGCAGAAAGAGCGAAUAGGAAGGGAAAAUCGUCCCGAUGGUGGUGAAGAAGACAAAGUAACGAAGCGAUAUCCUUACGCACGCACGGAGAGAAAAAUCACAGCUUCGAGUGUAAUAAUGAAUUUGGUAAAUUUUACGCCAAUCUGCGGGUGUGGGUAAUGCUACUAGUGCUUCUGCUGCUGCUGCUGCCAAAGUCCACAACUCCCACCCAGAAGCGCCGACGGUCGAUUGUGGGUGGCAGUGGGCAGAAAAUCAACGUUGUGGAGGUGGUGAAAUGUAAGUGUCGAUUCCACCACUGUAUCGCACCACAGCCAGUCAGCCAGCACCUACUCUCUGUGAUGGUUUUCCGGCGAAAGGAAGGGGGAUUGCAGAGAAGAUGAGCCGCUAGUGCGAAUGUGCCCCACUCGUCGUCGUGGUGAGAGUGUAAAAAAUCCUCUAAUAACUUUAUAUGCGAGGCAUAGAGGAACCGCAAGUGGAAAUGUUGUCACAGGGACAAAUCGGGCACAGAUACUAAACCAAGCACCGACACAUGUGCACUGCAAAGACUGUGAGACUGACAAAGACGAAGCGCCAAACAAAAGUGUCUCUAUUGCGCAUAAAUUGUAAGCAUAUUUCUCGUCGCUCGGUUUAUUUUUUGCAACUAUCAUAGCGUAAACGGAAGCCUGCGUCGGUGUUGGUGCGGCGAGAUUAUAUCAAAUUACAUUUCACUAGAAACGGUGUGAGUGUGUCAACCGCGAACGCAACACCACACGGGAGAAUAAAUAAGAGCAUCAGCGCCUAGAAAAGAGUGUCCCAAAACACGCACACACCUGCAGUUGCACAACUUGUACAAGAGGGGGAGAGAUCGAAAGAAUAAUAAACAACGGCGUCAAAAGAAAAUAAAUAACUGCUUGAAUGCACACAUACAAGGCAAUGCCUCGAAGCGAAUCGAAGAAGAAGCGCUAGCAAAAGUACUCGAGAGCAGAGAGGCUGAAAGAAAAAAAAAACACCAAGCUUUGAUAAUCCGAAUCACCCCCUUUCCGACCUACAACCCACUGUUCACACCACACACUAAUCCAACGACACCAGAAAGGUUGUCUUCAUAGCACAGCAGAUCUUCGAGACCGGUUUUUGUCCUCUUCUUGGCGACGACAAAUUCGCACAAGACUUUUUGCUUCUAAUCCCCCCGAUGUUAGUGUACCGAUUGGCUGCGACACACCAAUCCGCGACGAUUAUCACACAAAAUAGAGGGAGUGGCCUGACCGUUCCGAGCCCCGCGUCCGAGAGUGUGUAAGUGCGAGUGCGAGCGAGAGGCUAGAGGGGUGCGGCCGACACCAGCUCAACACGAAAGGUGUGAUUACAGACACCAAAAACCAGACACCAAGCGCUUAGUUUGUCGCAGCAGCGGUAACCAGUUCAUACACGGCCGGCGUGAAGUUAGCAUCGUUGUUGUUGUUGUAGUUUUUGUUUCGUUUUUUUCUCUCGCUCUCGUGUGAUUCUCGCAGCCUCCCCCGCGCCGUGAGCGUACCCACCAGCCAUCACCACUAGCAUCAGCCCCCCGCUGCCCCAUUGUCGUGCAUGAAAUCACUGUGCUGUGUGCCGUUUUGAAUGUGGGUGUGCGAGAGUGUCACGGUAAUUCACGGCACGGCACGCACUUUUUACGACUUUCGCCGCGCGCGCGUUUCUGCGGUAGCUUCAGCGGUCAGGUUCCGGUGGCAUAGCUCCCAUUAGCCCUACGGUGCUGCCCGACUCGCGCGUGUUCCCAACCAUCAUAAACCAUCAUCCGCGGCGGUUCCAAAAAGUGGCGCUUCGAAAUUUCGCGGAAAACAGGAUAAACCAACAGAAGCCGAUGAAAAGCCGUCUAGCAGUGACCCCGGUGCUUGAGUGUUACGUGAGUACGCGUUGAAUCGAUCCGGUCCUACCGCGGGGGCUUUUACAUGACACGACGGUGUUUAGCUAAAACGCGAACAGUGAUUAAUUAUUAAUUGGUCCUGAUUAAAAUACUACCAGUGGCCGACGCUAAUGCUUUCUGGUCCAGUUCCAGAGGAAAAACGACCCCACGCAGUGUGAGUGACGGAAGAGAUACGAAUUAUCAUGCAUAAAUUAUUGAUAGAAAUUGAUCGCCGUGAACGUACAGUGCAGUUACAUUGAGAAAAGGGGAAAAUAGUUACUACAGAGUGGUUACAAAUUGCGCAAUUGAAAAACGAAAACGGAAAAUUGAAACAGUGCACUAUAAAUAGUGAAUUGAGAAAGUGAAUUAGAAUUAUCGGUGAACAAAUAGAAAACUGCCGACGCUAAACGGAAGUGAGGAGGCCACAGUACGACGACAACAGACGCGGUGCGACCUCUCGGUGAUGUUGUAAUGAGAUACGACGGUCAAGAAUUACUUCAAUCUGACGAAUUCAGUAGGCCGGCGAAGGGAAUGGCCUAUCAUCCAUUCCUGCAGCUACCGAGACCCACUGACUUCAGCGUGUCCUCGCUGUUGACUGCGGGCUCUCCGCCCCAAGGACAGAACUCGCCCAGUGCCAGCGCUAGUGCGGUAGCAGCUGCCGCCAGUGCCGCCGCCACUGCCAACUCGCCGUACUUUCCGGCCGCAGCGCUGGCGGCCCUAUCGGGUGCUCCCGGAGCACCGCCGCCGCAUCUCUAUCCGGGCGCACUGCUGCCAAAGUUACCUCCUCACCAUCCGCACGCGCACCAUCCGCUGGGGGCCGCUUACACGACGGCCGAAGACGUUGUGCUGGCCGCCGUAGCCGCCCACCAGCACCAUCCGGCGAUGCGGCCACUGCGCGCCCUACAGCCGGAGGACGAUGGUGUCGUCGACGACCCCAAGGUUACCCUGGAGGGCAAGGAACUGUGGGAAAAGUUCCACAAGCUGGGCACGGAAAUGGUCAUCACCAAAAGUGGCAGACAAAUGUUUCCUCAGAUGAAAUUCCGAGUGUCGGGACUGGAUGCAAAAGCCAAGUACAUACUGUUAUUGGAUAUCGUGGCGGCGGACGACUACCGAUACAAGUUUCACAACAGUCGAUGGAUGAUCGCCGGCAAGGCGGACCCGGAGAUGCCGAAACGGAUGUACAUCCAUCCGGAUUCGCCAUCGACGGGUGAACAGUGGAUGCAGAAAGUGGUGUCGUUUCACAAGCUGAAACUGACCAACAACAUUAGUGAUAAGCAUGGAUUUGUCGGCGAUGCCUCCGUCGUCUGGACGAUCCUCAACUCAAUGCACAAGUACCAGCCUAGAUUUCACUUAGUCCGAGCGAACGAUAUCCUAAAGCUACCGUACUCGACGUUUCGUACCUACGUGUUUAAGGAAACCGAAUUCAUAGCCGUAACUGCAUAUCAAAAUGAAAAAAUAACGCAAUUGAAAAUAGAUAAUAAUCCCUUUGCAAAAGGGUUUCGUGAUACCGGUGCCGGCAAGCGGGAAAAGAAUGGCUCUUUUCCUCUUUCCAGUUGUUCCGCCUUCCGGCAGUCGCUCAUGGGCCAGCGGAGUUCCGACGGGGACAAGCUCAGCCCAAGUUCCGUCAGCUCCUCCCGAGGUCCAGCUGGGUUGGACCACCGAACGAAUAGCAUAUCAAACCUGGACGACGACGACAAACUGCUGGAUGUCGUUGGACCCCCGCAGAGCCCGCUCCUCUCACUCAGCCAGCAGAUGCAACACCACGCAGGAUGGUUCAAUUUUGAAGACGUGCAACGGGCGGAGGAAGCUAUGCGAAGGCGACUGCAAUCCGACGACAACGAGCGCGACGGAAGUGACUCCAACUGUUCGGAUAGUGUUUCAGGAAGCACAGGUGCCUUUCGUCCGACUUCGGGCAGCCCAAAGGAAUCGUCGAGUAGCGCCGGCACAUCAUAUCCUUCGCCGAACAUUUCGGUAGGACCACCAAUCCAUCCGCCUCCGCAUCUGUUACCGUAUCUCUACCCACCGGGACUCUAUCCGCCGCAUCACCUCUCGUUGCUGCACAACCCUGCGGCGGCGGCAGCCAUGAACCCUAGUUUGCUGUUCAACGCCCAACUUGCCCUCGCAGCACAGCAUCCAGCCUUCUUCGGUCACUACUCGGGCCAUUCACCAUCCUCGCCACUGCACGGUCUGAAAGGCCACCGUUUCUCGCCAUACAGUUUACCAGGUUCGGGUAUGGGUUCGGCAUUCGAUGCCGUCACACCCGGAUCCAACUCUGGUGGGCCACGAAGUCUAAGCAGUAGCCCUCAUCCUCGUGCUGCUUCAAACUCGCCACCAACGAGACCCAUUUCAGUGUCUCCUACGCCCACCCAGAACCCCACGUCUCCAGCAUCGGCGGAGACCGGUGCUACCGCAAUACCGCCAUCGGCCCAGCCAGGGUCCAUGGUUACCACUAUGCCUUCCAACUCGCCGUCCGAGUUGAAGAGUAUAGAGAAGAUGGUCAACGGACUAGAAGUUCAGCACAACAUCAACGGCAACGUGGAGAACAGCAAACUGCAGCAGCUCGCCAGCCACGACCAGUGACGACUCCUGGACGGUGCGGCGAGUGGCUUUGGCAGCAAUAGUGGCUCGCUGAAGCUCGACCAGGAAAUGUGACAGUUGGCAAUAAGUUCCAGCAAGAUAUUCAGUGCAAUGUGAAUCUCUUGCGCACCACAAAACCGUGAUCAUUCGCUUGCGGGAAGGGGUUUCGAAUGGGCAAUGUUAGCAGAACCUGUUAUCUAGAUGAAUUACUGUGCAAAUAUUUAUGCUUAAACUAUAAGGGACUCCAAUCCGAACAAAGUCAGUGCACGCGAUCAGCGGCAGAGGACAGUCAAUGGAAACCUCUGCCUUCGUUUCUGUGUAAAGUUAGUUAAAUGAAAAAGAAACAUCUUAACGAGGAGUAUAAACUUCAGCAUUAUUUUAACCAGGCAGAUCACUUUUAAAAACCCAAACGCUGUGCAGCGCACAUUACUCAAAUGGAUCGAUCUGUACCGCGCGCAGAGAAGCCAGGCAACCAGCUACUAAUAGGAACUAGUGAACUGUAAAUAGUCCGUACUGAAAGCACAGCGCGUGUGGAAUGCAGCAGCAAAGAAGAGGUUUAGUUGUGUUCGCGUCCCGGAAGGGUAAGAAGUCGCGGGUGAAUGGGAAGGACACAAAACUUACCAAAGAGUCGAUUAACCUAUUUGUAAAUUUAUUCGUUGUACAGUGUGGAAGAGCGAGGAUUGGGCCCCGGUUCGGGUCGUAGUGAAUCUGCGAACAAACGCAACUGAUGGCAGGAGUGGUUUAUUUGCAAUCUAUUGCGGAUAGGAAAGAGUUCAGGAAAGAGUGACAAAGGGUGUUCAUCUGUUGCGGAACGUUGUUCAUAAAAAAUGGAAAGUAUUCAGGACUGAAUGCGGACGAAAAAUGCAACAACAAUCUUUAUCAAAUAUCUAUGAGGGUUUUUUUCUGUUGUAGAUGUUACUUCAAAUGAUAUUUGACAUUUUCUAAAUAACCUCUGCAAUCCGUAAUGUCCGGCUCUUAACAGCAGCCCUAAUAAAUAUGUUACAAAUUUGGUCUAAAACUCCAAUUAGAUAUUCAUUAAGGAAAACCAGUAUUAGUGAAAAAUUUUGGAAUUUAUAAAAAAUGAUUUGGACUUUUGGGUGAAAAACAAUAUUUGUUGACAAAUUUUAAAUGUUAAAAUCAUUGCUUGUUGAGUUGGGCAAAGUGAAACUUUGAUUAGACAUAACAUACUGAGCUAUUCAUUUCUUAAUCCACAUUGGAUUUUGUAGGAAAUGUUGCCAGCUGCUGAGAAUGCUCUCUCUGGUUCAAUGGAAUUUGGAUGAAUGGUUCCAUGACCGUCGAUAAUCAAUGUCAAGUACUUUCCAUAAAAACACUUUAGAUUCAUAAUAGGAGAAUUCUACGGAUUGCUUGCAAGAAUCCUGGCGUCAACAUAUUUGACAUCGGAAACGCAAGUGUUUUGCUCGGCUGCAGUCUCUUCACGAGUUGUUCUUCAACCGAUAAACCAGAGAUAUCCAUAGAGUCGUUGUCUCAGUUUCAACGAUCGCAUCAGGAAUGAUUAGACACUUCAAGAUCUCUUCCGCUUGCUUAACCAAAGUAAAUCUGGAUGUCUUAAUUCCAAAAUCGUUUCUGAUCAUUUGCACUAUGGCAGAAUUAUUUGAAUAAAGCAAAAAAACGGCGUAUUUUGAACGUCUCUCAACUUGCAUUUGUUCUUUCAGAGCAUCAAAACAGGAUGCGAAUUUCUGUGGUUUGAUUUGAUAAUUGCUCAAACAUAAAUUAGAGCACCACGUGAAGUUUCAAAUCGAUCACAAUUUUUUGAAUGGGCCCCUUCAGCCGUUUGUGAAUGGAUAACAUGCUAUUCCAGCGUAUUUUGGUAUCAGCCCCCAAGAAAAAUUCUAAACAUAUUUACGCAGCGGAGAUAUUUUUGCAGCUAAUCAUUUUUCACAGGCCACUCGACUACUGCAGAACGUAACUUUUUCACAAUUUCAUAUAUUGUUGGUAAAACUGGAUGCAGAAGAAACAGGGGUAAUAUAAUAUGUUUUUUAGGACAUUUUCGGCAGUUUUCAAGAGAGUUUACAACAGCGCAUAUAGUUCUGAUCCCGAACUACGAAAGUAUUCUUGAAAGUAUAAAACACCGACAAAAAAGCCAACAGGUCGUUUUUCCCCAGGGUGCGUUUUACCUCAAUGUUUUGAAGAUUAAAUGUCAUUGGCAAUUUGACAGAUGACUAAGAGAAUGAAGCGUGGACGUCGUCAAUGAAGCUUACUUGUGCAAAGGUUCAUUCAGGCAUAAUAAAUUGUUGAGUGUUUAUUGCCGUAUAUUUGUCUCAUCUUUGCUGGAUUUGCAAAUUAUAUGGGACAGAUAUGUGAUUACAGGCAGUUUAGCUGACAUUUAUUCGAGAUUUUUUAUACUGACAACAAAUUUUGAAAUACCGGUAUUUUCCAUCUUUAAUACCGGUCAGUACUCAAAAUUGGCCGGUAAUUACCUGUUUCGGUACUACCGGUUAGACCACCCUACUCAUCACGUAUCUGGAAUCUACGGAUUUUGUUCCCAUGUGUUUUCAUAAGGUGUUUUUUUUUGUAGCAACGGGGCAAUAAUUCGUUGCUGUAUCGCUGCAUAUAUUUUACGGAUAUUUGCUAACUCACCAACUGCAUGCCGUUUGUACAGUACUCGGUAUAUGAAUUAGGCUUUUAAAAUCGAUUUCCUAAUCGAUCACUACGAAGACAGUUUUUAAAAGAGUUCAAGAACCAAAGUAUAAUACAGCUGGUGCAACGCUUCACGAGCUCGAUCGUUUUGUUGAUACUUCUUCCGAAUGUUUGUCUUAUCAGUCCGAACCAAUUUUUGUUCUGGUCAGUCUGAUAUUCAUGUCAAGGAUUCAUCAGUCUACUCGGUAUUUCAUCUCUCAGGUUUCUAAAUGGUUUGCCAAUGUUCUAAGGUGUUCGAUAUUUGACCGUAUCGAUUUUUUUGUUGAAACAUCGAUAAAUCAGAAUAUCGAUGUUUCAGUGCCGAUUUUUCUGACAUCGAUAUUUCGACAAUCAAAACAUCAAUCCAUUGAUGUUUUUUAUCCAAAAAAAUGCCGUCGAGUCAAGUCGAGUCAAGUACGAGACACUGGAGACGACCACACAGUUGCGAUCGAAAUACAAAUACGUUUUACAAAUACGUACAAAGAUAACAAAACGUAGUGGAAUUAAAUGCAGAUUACCAAACUCGUCUUAGACGGUUGAAAAAUUUAUAAGCAAUUUUGAACGCAAAAACUAUAAUUAUAAAAGAAAAUUUUUUCAUGAAUAAAUAAAAUUAUUUAUUGAGAAAAAUGUAAACAUCAGAUGAUUAAAUUAGUAUUAGCCAGAGUGUAUGUAAUUAAGAGUGGCGACACUGUCAGAUUUGGAACAAAAUUCAUCUGUCAUUCCCAUAACGAAAUGGUGUUCCAAACAACAGGAUACCUGACAAAUUAAUUACAAACACUCUGGUAUUAGCAAUAAACAAUUUUAAAAUUUUCAACAAAAAAAAUAUUGUUUAUAAUUAAUUUAAAACUUUUUACAAAAAAAGUGUAAGAAGAGCAAUGAAAAAAUAAAGCAAUAAAAUUGAUCAAAUUUUAUCUAUUAAAAAAUGCUGUAUGGAAUUUUUCAUACUUUUUCAUUGUUCUCUAUUGCUUUUUCGCGGAAAAAUAUUUAUUUUGUGGCAAAAUUUCUAAUUUAUUAUUAUUAAUAUUGAUUUAUCAAUGAAAAAUUGGUAAUAAAAAGUUUCGAUAUCUUUAUAAGGGGCCCUCCUUAGCCGUGCGGUAAGACGCGCAGCUACAAAGCAAGACCAUGCUGAGGGUGGCUGGGUUCGAUUCCCGGUGCCGGUCUAGGCAAUUUUCGGAUUGAAAAUUGUCUCGACUUCCCUGGGCAUAAAAGUAUCAUCGUGCUGGCCUCAUGAUAUACGAUUGCAAAAAUGGUAGCCUGGCUUAGAAACCU